CAAGAAUCUCUUCUGACAAAUUAGGACUGAUUCCUGGAUCUGAGAACCAAUGAGAGACCAAGAACCGCCUUGCCGUCAGAAUUGUUAAUGUCGUCUGAAAAUUGAAAUCUCUUCGUCUUCAAUGCUCUGCAGAUAUUCAUACCGUACACCGUCUAUGAUCACCGCUUAAAAAAAAAAAAAGGAAUUGAAAUUCAGAAUUUUAGUUUCAUACAACGACGGAAGACGAGAGAAUAUUUUUACCCCCAUUGUUUCAUAUCAAAGCUUAAAAAUUUCUACCAUGGGCCGAAAUAGCAAGGUGAAAGAAAAGGAAGUGUUAGAGGAGCCUAGCUCAGAACCUGUUGACGUUGAAGGAGAGUUCUCAGUUGAAAAAGUGAUGGAUCGUAGGGAAAAGAAUGGUAAAGUGGAAUAUUUUUUAAAAUGGAAAGGCUUUGGUGAAGAAGAUAAUACUUGGGAACCAGAAGAAAACUUGGAUUGCCCUGCUUUGAUUGCUGAAUUUGAAAAUGCUAGAAAAGAGAAGGAAAAAGGGAAAAAGAAAGAAAAUGACAAGAAAGAAAAGAAACGUUCUUUAGCGAGUGAAGAUAGCGAUUUUAAAACGUUAGAAGACAAACGACCGGUGAAGAAAAAGGCUUCCGAAUCCUCACUCCAGGAUGAUAUUCCGAGACCACAAGGUUUUGAUCGAAAGCUGGAGCCCGAGAUGAUUAUAGGAGCAUCGAAUGAUACUGGCGAACUUUGCUUUCUGAUGAAGUGGAAAUCCAGUGAUGAGGCGGAUCUUGUACCGGCAAGCCAAGCUAACAAACUCUGCCCACAAGUCGUAAUCCAGUUCUAUGAAGAACGUCUUACGUGGCACAACAGUACAAGCAGUGAUGGCGCAAAAAGCAAAGAUAAAGAACGUGUAGACUAAACUAAUAACUGGAAAACCUCAACCGGAUAUCAUAAAGAUAAAGGUUGUUGCACAAAAAAUAGUCCAUAGUACAAUCGAACGGUGAAGCCUCGCUUCGAGUUCCUUGUUCUUACACUCUCGGGGGUCUCUAUUCUUCCCGUGCCGACUUUUACUACUCGCCCCCUUUUUUUUUUAUAUGAUCCGUGAUGAAUUUGAUGAUCCCUAGCAUUAUUUUUUAUUUCACUACGUUUGUUUUAAUUCGUGCGUUUUGUCACAUCCUCCCAACCCCAAAAAAACCAAUUGGGAAAAAGUACAAGCUCUACCAUUUA